GUCGCAACUCGGCCAUUUAGACUCUACAGGUCUGAUCGGUGCAGGUGAUUGUGUAACAGGAAUCUUCCCUAGACGCUCGUGUGUUUGUCUGUGUUUGUCUGUGUUUCUUUGCGGAAACUACUCCUGAAGGACUCAUUGUCCGGAAGCUUCAUAUCAUGUGGUGCAAGCAGUUUGCCGGCGCUCUGCUGCUGCUGGUAGCCACCAGCCAGUACGUGCAAUCGCAGCAACCGAGCAAGGUUCUGUGCUACUAUGAUGCGGCCAACUUCCUGAUCGAAGGUUUGGGAAAAGUAUCGCUCGCUGACAUUGAUGCCGCCCUGCCCUUCUGUACGCAUCUCGUCUACGGUUAUGCCGGCAUCGAUGUCGAAACCAACAAAGCGGUUAGCCGUCAACCGAACCUGGAUUUGGACACGGGCAAGGGCAACUACCGCACGGUGACGCAGCUGAAGAGCAAGUAUCCUUCGCUGAAGGUGCUGCUCGGUCUCGGAGGCUACAAGUUCUCCGAGCCCUCGAUCAAGUACCUCACGCUGCUGGAGUCUGGCGCUGCCCGCAUCACCUUCAUCAACUCCGUGUACUCGCUGCUGAAGACGUACGGAUUCGAUGGUGUCGAUUUGGAAUGGCAGUUCCCGAUGAACAAGCCGAAGAAAGUCCGCUCGACGCUGGGUGGUGUAUGGCACGGAUUCAAGAAAGUGUUCAGCGGCGACAGUGUGCUGGAUGAGAAGGCUGAGGAGCAUCGGGAGGAGUUUACGGCACUGCUGCGUGAGUUGAAGAAUGCGUUCCGCUCGGAUGGAUACCAGCUGGGUAUUACCGUGCUGCCCCAUGUGAACUCGUCGGUGUUUAUGGACAUUCCGGCCAUCAUUAACUAUCUGGACUUUGUGAACAUUGCCGCGUACGAUCAGCAGACGGCGACGCGCAACAAGAAGGAAGCGGAUCAUGCUGCUCCACUGUACGAGCUGAGCGAUCGUGUCCCUGGUAACAAUGUAGAUGGACAGGUUCGUCUAUGGCUUACGAACAACGCUCCUGCAUCGAAGCUGAUCGUGUCGAUCCCCACGUUCGGACGUGGCUGGAAGAUGAACGGCGAUUCGGGCAUUACCGGUGUCCCACCUCUGCCAGCGGAUGGUCCUUCCAACCCGGGUCCGCAAACGCAAACCGAGGGCUUCUACAGCUGGGCCGAAGUGUGCGCUAUGCUGCCGAACCCGAGCAACACCGCCCUGAAGGGUGCCGACGCUCCGCUGCGCAAGGUUGGCGACCCGACGAAGCGCUUCGGAUCGUACGCGUUCCGUCUGCCGGACAGUAACGGAGAGCACGGUGUGUGGGUGAGCUACGAGGAUCCGGAUACGGCCGGCAACAAGGCGGGCUACGUGAAGGCAAAGAAUUUGGGCGGUAUUGCGAUCAACGAUCUGUCGUACGACGACUUCCGUGGCAGCUGCGCCGGCGAGAAGUUCCCGAUCCUGCGUGCCGCCAAGUAUCGGCUGUAGACAGAGCGAGUGCAUGGGAGUUUAUUGUUUUACACCUUAUUUAGAGGAUAAUGAUUUAUUUUGAAUAAAAAAUGACAUAGAAUGGAAUGA